AUGAACCCUCCUGCGUUUUUAGGAGCAGCUGAUCCUAUAGUUGUUGAGAACUGGAUACAAGAGAUGGAGAAAGUAUUGACAGUGCUUCACUGCACCGAAGAGCAGAGGGUCCUGUAUGCCACGUACAAGUUGUCAGAUGAGGCCGAGAGUGAGUCUAAAGUGCAAGAUUUUCUGAGUUUGACUCAGGAGUCGUUGACAGUUCAGCAGUAUGCGACAAAAUUCAUCGAGCUAUCCCAAUUUGCUCCAUAUAUAGUGUCAGAUGAAGCUAAGAAGGCUAGGAUGUUCGAGAGGGGCUUGAGACGAGAUAUAUAUAAACAGGUGGUGGUUCUAAACAUGCAGGGCUACUCUGAAUCGGUAGACAGAGCCAUAGUAGGAAAGGAGAGCGAGCAGAAAGAUGUUGGAGCACUGAGUCAGAGAAAGAGGCCUACGCAUCCAGGUUUCCAGGAAAGUCCCAGCCGGGGUCCAUGGAGGGGAGACUGGUAUGGAGAAGGCCAGAGAUAG